AUGGAGGAGACGGAGCCGGGGGAGAGGCAGCCCGCGGAGCUCCGCUGUGCCGAGCAGGCUGAGCUGCUCUCAUUAAUAAUAAGCGGAGAGGAGGAAGCGACGCAAGAGGAGAGUGACUUGGGAGAGGAGGGUCUUGCCAAUGGCCAUGUUGAGGAGGACUGUGAGGCCGGCAUGGUCACUCCUGUCAGGUCUCCAGGCACCAGCUACUGGAACAUCACAGAGGGGCCCGACCACCCGCUCCUCCUCUCGCCGGCCCCUGGGCCCUCCGGACGUAAACCCAGGGUCCAGAGGGCCUCGCGUCCCGGCCUGAGCCGCAUCCCGGGACGCGACCACCGCCGCUACUACCACGAGUACUGGCGCAGCGAGUACCUGAUGGACUUUGACCCCCAGCGGCACGGCAUGAUCUGCAUGGUGUGCGGCAGCUCGCUGGCCACGCUGAAGCUCAGCACCAUCAAGAGGCACAUCAGACAGAAGCACCCUGACUCCCUGCUGUGGAGCGCCGCAGACAAGGAGGUCAUCCGCUCGGGCUGGGAGAGCCACCUCAGCCUGGGGGGAGGUCAGAGGUCAUACAGCUCUGCUGAUGGACCUUCGCCUCAGGAAGAGGAGGAGCAGCUGGACUCAGACCAACAUGCUGCUGGUGGCUGAACCCUGGAGCCUGUGACACCCCAGGAGCAGCCUCAACAACCCCCCAGUCUGUCUCCCCGCUCUGAGGAGGGGGAGGCCCCCCAGCCCCAAGAGGAGGAGCAGGACCUCCCGGGGCCCUCAGCUCGGACCCUGGAACGCUACCUGAACGACUCGCUGCACGCCUGGUUCCGCCAGGAGUUCCUGAUGGAGUACGAGGCGGAGGCCGGCCGGCUGCUCUGCAUGGUGUGUGGAGGUGAACUGCCCUCGCUUCACCUGGACCACAUCAAGAGCCACGUGCUGGACACCCACCCCAACUCUCUGGUGUACAGCUCCGAGGAGAAGCACUGCAUCCUGCAGGCCUGGGCUCACACACACGAAGAGUCCGAAAACUCAAUCAAAUCAGAGCCCAACACCAAAGAAGGCAGGGUGGACCUCUUUGCUCAGGAAAUGGAGGCCAUCCAGAUCAACAGUGACUUGUACCCAGAAGGUGAUGGCACUUUAACUCAGGACACUUGUCUUAUCGGUGAGGACGGAGGUGUUGGAGCUCCACAACAGGGACCCCAGCCCCUCCGCCAGCCCAGGAAGAGGCGACUGCGUGGGGGCGACCCGUGGCGGCUCCGCCUUGACUACCUGGUGGCCUACGGGCCUCAGGGCCGGGGUACCUUCUGCAUGGUGUGUUCUCAGGUCCUGCACGAAAUUAAGGUCAGCAGCUUCCGCCGCCACAUCCAGGAAUGUCACCCCGAGACCACCACCCUGAGCCGGCAAGAAAGGGAAGCCAUGGCUGCUGCCUGGACCAAAGAUUAUUCAAGUGAAGGCUCCCACAUUCAAGAUGCAGAAAUCAACCCGUGUGAAGCCGAUGUCCUAAAUACCAGCGGAGAGACGAAUGAGGACACGUCCCCUGAUGUCAGAACACAAAGCAAAAUGGUGAAGAAGGAGGAGGGUGCGAGAGGAGGGAAGGGGAAGGCGAGGGAGGAGAGCGCCGCGGCCACGGCCUCGCGUCACGGCCAUUACCCCGGGAAGGACCAGAGGAGGAACUACCAGGUGCGCUGGCGGAUGGACUACCUGAUGGACUACGACUGUCGCAGACACGGCCUCAUCUGCAUGGUGUGCGGGGCCACUCUGGCCACGCUGAAGGUCAGCACCAUCAAGAGGCACAUCCAGCAGGUCCACCCCCACUCUCUGGACUACAGCCCCGAGGAGAAGCAGCAGGCCCUGCUCAGCUACAACCAGGCCGCCUUGCACUUCAUCCACUCUGACGACUGCUUCUCCUCCCAGGACCACGGACACACCGAGCUGGCUCCUGCUCCAGCACACUUUGGCACUUAGAAAGGGCUUCCGUCCGACGCUCCUCACCCGGCCCCCCCCGGCCCCCCUCUUCACAAACAAGGGAAAUUCAAGUAUUUGUCAUACAGGGUCUUAUUUUCUUAUGUUCCCUCAGACUUUGUUGUGAAAUCCCCAAAUCUCUGCACUGCAGGUGCAGAAUACAAUGCUACCAUACCAGUAGAAUGAGAUAAAUACUGGAAUUUCCCUUUUUAAUCUCAGUCCAAGAGUACGCUGUGGCUAAAGUGGCUGCCAGCAACCACCACAAAGGAAAUGUCACAACCUGAAAAUGUCAUGGUGUAAAAAAUGAAAGUCCAGCCCCGCUCAUUUGAUACUAAAGCCUGAUCUGCGCAGGGUCGCUGUUACCUGAGGACCUCAUGAGACAAGGACAUGAAUAAUAAUAAUUACUAAUAUUCAUAAUAGCAGUAAGACAUUCCUGGCCCUCCUGCACAGCCAAAAAGGUGUGUCUAAAAACAGGAUAAAAACUC